CCGUGGUUGUCACAGUGUAGCGUCCUCAUCUCUUCCCUGUCGGCUUCCUCUUCUCGUAUAACUGCACUUGGUCCUGCUAGAGUUCGGAGUGCACCAAACUAUCUUCUUUUCCUCCAGGUGGAGGCGACACAACAUAAGACCGAAAUGAGGGCUUUCCGCCUUCCUAUCUCCGGACUAGUCGCGUCCGUCCUGCUGCUUCUUCUGCAAGAGCCCAGCCAAGCGACCCAGGCCGAGUGGGAGCCCCUCUUGAUGCACUUCCCCGUCAAAGUGUACGAUCUGCGGCAGGGUGGUGGCAACGUUCCUCACACCGAUGAUGGCGACUUGAUGUGCAACAACACCAUCAAGAACGAGGAUAUUAAAGGUUUAUUCAAGUCAUACAAGAGUAUGUUCCCGAUAAUACAUCGCGUGAAAGGGCUGGUGAGUAGAUCCUGCUCCGACCCGGAAGAGACGGCCUACUGGCAACAAAUAUAUGAUGAAACUCUCAAUCUUCAUCAUUUACUUCAAGACCUCAUAAGAAGAUUACCAGUAGUUAUAGAUGGGAUACAAUCAAAUGAAACUAUGUGUCCACCAAUGGAAACCCGCCUCCUGCAACUGGACGUAGCUUAUGGGGACGAGACAGCGCAAUUACAUGGCUCCGGACUGUACUUGGACGUGAGGACAGAGACAACUGCAGCGGGAGGAUGUUCUCAAAUAAAUACUUUCAGAAAUAUGCUGCCAGCCAUGAGAACAGUAACAAACGCUGCUGGAGAACCUUGUGUGAUUGUGACGACUUCACCAAGUACAUCCUUCCCUGUGUCAACAGCAACAGUACCAAUGUCUUCUGAGGAAUCAGAGGCUACAAGUGUCACUUCAGAAACUGUGUCAAGUGAAGGCACCAGCACACAAGAGUCGCAAGCCACGACUUCGACAUCAGAAUCUGAAUCUGAAGAAACAUCCACCGCAGAAUCUCAGGGGACGAGUACAACUUCAUCGUCUGAAUCAGAAGAAACCUCUACUGCAGAAUCUGAGGGAACGAGUACCACAGAAAAAUCCACGGAAGAAUCAGAGGAAUCAAGUGCUAGUGCAGAAACAUCCACAGAAGGAUCACAAAGUACUAGUACUACUGCAGAAAUAACCACAGAAGGUACUGAUAUUACUGCUGAAACACCCACAGAAGGAUCACAAAGUACUGAAACACCCACAGAAGGAUCACAAAGUACUGGUAGUACUGCAGAAAUAACCACAGAAGGUACUGAUAUUACUGCUGAAACAUCCACAGAAGGUACUGAUAUUACUGCAGAAACACCCACAGAAGGAUCACAAAGUACUGGUACUACUGCAGAAACAACCACUGAAGGUACUGGUCCUACUGCAGAAACACCCACAGAAGGUACUGAUAUUACUGCUGAAACACCCACAGAAGGAUCACAAAAAACACCCACAGAAGGUACUGAUGUUACUCCAGAAACACCCACAGAAGGAUCACAAAGUACUGGUACUACUGCAGAAAUAACCACAGAAGGUACUGAUAUUACUCCUGAAACGCCCACAGAAGGUACUGAUAUUACUGCAGAAACACCCACAAAAGAAGGAUCACAAAGUACUGGUACUACUGCAGAAAUAACCACAGAAGGUACUGAUAUUACUGCUGAAACACCCACAGAAGGAUCACAAAGUACUGGUACUACUGCAGAAAUAACCACAGAAGGUACUGAUAUUACUGCUGAAACACCCACAGAAGGAUCACAAAGUACUGGUACUGGUACUACUGCAGAAACACCCACUGAAGGAUCACAAAGUACUGGUACUACUGCAGAAAUAACCACGGAAGGUACUGAUGUUACUGCAGAAACACCCACAGAAGGUACUGAUGUUACUCCAGAAACACCCACAGAAGGAUCACAAAGUACUGGUACUACUGCAGAAAUCACCACAGAAGGUACUGAUAUUACUGCUGAAACACCCACAAAAGGAUCACAAAGUACUGGUACUACUGCAGAAAUAACCACAGAAGGUACUGAUAUUACUGCUGAAACACCCACAGAAGGAUCACAAAAAAUAACCACAGAAGGUACUGAUAUUACUGCUGAAACACCCACAGAAGGUACUGAUGUUACUGCAGAAACACCCACAGAAGAAACACCCACAGAAGGUACUGAUAUUACUGCACAAACACCCACAGAAGGAUCACAAAGUACUGCUACUACUGCAGAAAUAACCACACUAGAAACACCCACAGAAGAGUCACAAAAUACUGGUACUACUGCAGAAAUAACCACAGAAGGUACUGAUAUUACUGCUGAAACAACCACAGAAGAAAUAACCACAGAAGGUACUGAUGUUACUCCAGAAACACCCACAGAAGGUACUGAUGUUACUCCAGAAACACCCACAGAAGAGUCACAAAAUACUGGUACUACUGCAGAAAUAACCACAGAAGGUACUGAUGUUACUGCAGAAACACCCACAGAAGUAUCACAAAGUACUGGUACUACUGCAGAAAUAACCACAGAAGGUACUGAUAUUACUGCUGAAACACCCACAGAAGGUACUGAUGUUACUCCAGAAACACCCACAGAAGUAUCACAAAGUACUGGUACUACUGCAGAAAUAACCACAGAAGGUACUGAUAUUACUGCUGAAACACCCACAGAAGGAUCACACAGUACUGGUACUACUGCAGAAAUAACCACAGAAGGUACUGGUACUACUGCAGAAAUAAGCACAGAAGUUACUGGUACUACUGCAGAAUCACCCACAGAAGGAUCACAAGGUACUGGUACUACUGCAGAAAUAACCACAGAAGGUACUGGUACUACUGCAGAAAUAACCACAGAAAUUACUGGUACUACUGCAGAAACACCCACAGAAGGCACUGAUAUUACUGCAGAAACACCCACAGAAGGAUCACAAAGUACUGGUACAACUCCAGAAAUAACCACAGAAGGUACUGGUACUACUGUAGAAAUAAACACAGAAGGUACUAGUACUACUUCAGAAACCUCCACAGAAGGUACUGAUAUUUCUGCAGAAACACCCACAGAAGGAUCACAAAGUACUGGUACAACUUCAGAAAUAACCACAGAAGGUAGUGGUACUACUGCAGAAACACCAACAGAAGGAUCACAGAGUACUGGUACUACUGUAGAAAAAACCACAGAAGGUACUGGUACUACUGGAGAAACUCCCACAGAAGGAUCACAGAGUACUGGUACUACUGCAGAAAUAACCACAGAAGGUACUGGUACUACUGCAGAAACACCCACAGAAGGUACUGAUGUUACUCCAGAAACACCCACAGAAGGCACUGAUAUUACUGCAGAAACACCCACAGAAGGAUCACAAAGUACUGGUACAACUGCAGAAAUAACCACAGAAGGUACUGGUACUACUGUAGAAAUAAACACCGAAGGUACUAGUACUACUUCAGAAACCUCCACAGAAGGUACUGAUAUUUCUGCAGAAACACCCACAGAAGGAUCACAAAGUACUGGUACAACUGCAGAAAUAACCACAGAAGGUAGUGGUACUACUGUAGAAACACCAACAGAAGGAUCGCAGAGUACUGGUACUACUGCAGAAAUAACCACAGAAGGUACUGGUACUACUGGAGAAACUCCCACAGAAGGAUCACAGAGUACUGGUACUACUGUAGAAAUAACCACAGAAGGUACUGGUACUACUGGAGAAACUCCCACAGAAGGAUCACAGAGUACUGGUACUACUGUAGAAAUAACCACAGACGGUACUGGUACUACUGCAGAAACACCCACAGAAGGUACUGAUAUAACUGCAGAAACACCCACAGAAGGAUCACAAAGUACUGGUACUACUGUAGAAAUAACCACAGAAGGUACUGGUACUACUGGAGAAACUCCCACAGAAGGAUCACAGAGUACUGGUACUACUGUAGAAAUAACCACAGAAGGUACUGGUACUACUGUUGAAAUAUCCACAGAAGGUACUGAUAUUACUGCAGAAACACCCACAGAAGGAUCACAAAGUACUGGUACUACUGCAGAAAUAGCCACAGAAGGUACUGGUACUACUGCAGAAACAUCCACAGAAGGUACUGAUAUUACUGCAGAAACAUCCACAGAAGUAUCACAAAGUACUAGUAUUACUGCAGAAAUAACAACAGAAGGUACUGGAACUACUGCAGAAAAAACCACAGAAGGUACUGGUACUACUGCAGAAAUAACCACAGAAAUUACUGGUACUACUGCAGAAACACCCACAGAAGGAUCACAAAGUACUGGUACUACUGCAGAAACACCCACAGACGGUACUGGAACUACUGCAGAAAAAACCACAGAAGGUACUGGUACUACUGCAGAAACACCCACAGAAGGAUCACAAAGUACUGGUACUACUGGAGAAACAUCCACAGAAGGUACUGAUAUUACUGCAGAAACACCCACAGAAGGUACUGAUGUUACUGCAGAAACACCCACAGAAGGAUCACAAAGUACUGGUACUACUGCAGAAAUAACCACAGAAGGUACUGAUAUUACUGCUGAAACAUCCACAGAAGGUACUGAUAUUACUGCAGAAACACCCACAGAAGGAUCACAAAGUACUGGUACUACUGCAGAAAUAACCACACUAGGUACUGGUACUACUGCAGAAACAACCACAGAAGGUACUGAUAUUACUGCAGAAACACCCACGGAAGGUACUGAUGUUACUCCAGAAACACCCACAGAAGGAUCACAAAGUACUGGUACUACUGCAGAAAUAACCACAGAAGGUACUGGUACUACUGCAGAAAUAACCACAGAAGGUACUGGUACUACUGCAGAAACACCCACAGAAGGAUCACAAAGUACUGGUACUACUGCAGAAACACCAACAGAAGGUACUGAUAUAACUGCAGAAACACCCACAGAAGGAUCACAAAGUACUGGUACUACUGUAGAAAUAACCACAGAAGGUACUGGUACUACUGGAGAAACUCCCACAGAAGGAUCACAGAGUACUGGUACUACUGCAGAAAUAACCACAGAAGGUACUGGUACUACUGCAGAAAUAACCACAGAAGGUACUGGUACUACUGUUGAAAUAUCCACAGAAGGUACUGAUAUUAGUGCAGAAACACCCACAGAAGGAUCACAAAGUACUGGUACUACUGCAGAAAUAACCACAGAAGGUACUGGUACUACUGCAGAAACACCCACAGAAGGUACUGAUAUUACUGCAGAAACACCCACAGAAGAAUCACAAAGUACUGGUACUACUGCAGAAACACCCUCAGAAACAUCUGAGGGCACCAGCACUACUUCAGGUUCGACAACCAGUGGUACGGAAACCUCUGUCACCUCCACCACAACUGAAUCUUACGAAGUGUCCACUGCCAGUGUGUACCCGACUUUCACUCCGUCUUCUGAUGAUCUCGUGUCUUCCUCCGAGACACAGCCCUCCACGACAUCUUCUGGGACAUCGGGACAGUCUACUUCCUCUAUAUCGUUGUCUACAGCAGGACCCACCGAAGAGACUACUCUACCAACUUCUGGGGAAUCCACCAUUUCUUCUUCCCUUCCCUCAACUCCUGAGAUUAGCUCUACCUCAGCCACGUCCACAGAAGCUACUACGAACGACUGCGUGACCGCUCCUCCAUUUAUUGUUGAACGAAUAAAUGAUUUCAACGCGGAUUUGAGCGAUUUAACCGCAAAAAUAAAGGAGGUUACUACAGAGUUAAUAAAAUGCUCCGGUGAUAUUGAAAAGCUGAGUGAAGUGGAAGAACUGUCGGACAACCUUCAAACUCUUCUCAAUGAGUUGAAAAGCAUCCACGAACAAUUGGAAAGAUUUAAAGGAUCCCGCCGUAGGUUCCUUGUAUCUUCCUCUCUAUUGACUCUCCUCAAUGCUGUCAGCGCCAGGGCCGGUGUCAACUGUGGAAAGAACGAAAAAGCCUUGCCGGAGUCUCUCAAGGGCCUGGCCGACGCCCUCAACUCUCUUUCGGUUGACCCUAUCAGCAGUGAGCACCGGGAUCAUGUCGCCUGCGCUGCGCAUGAAGCCCUCGCCGCCUUUUCUCAGGUGGUUCGCGGGGGUAGCCAGCUGAGCGGUAGACAGCAGGCAGAGGUAGAGGAGCUCCUGCACCAGUUGACGGACCACAAGAUGAAGGAGGUGACUGCUCUCAUAUCACAGAGCGAGGAAGCUAAUCUGGCCAAGAAAGUGGAGUUGGAAAAGAAGCUGGAGGAGCUGCAGGGACGCAAGAGGCAAGUGGAGGAGUCAAUCAGACAGGCUCGCGAAAUUAUACCUGCUGCCUAAUAAGAUAUUGAUACAUGGUGGCUACACUCUCCCACACCUCUGGCAACAGGAAUAUGGUGUGGGAGAACCUGUCUAUUAAGUUAACACAAGAACAGGAAAAUAAGAACCAACAGCAUUACAGAAGUAACGAGUGCGUCAAAUUUUCGAGAAUGUGGAAGGGCAGCGAGCCAGUACCAGAGGACCAAAGCAGCAUUUUUCCAACAAAAAAUGCGGAAAUUUUAUCUGGUGUUCAAGUGCGGGAAGGAGAUAGAAGGGGGGAGAUCACGUAUUAUUUUGUCAUAUAUUUCAGCAGAAGAUUUACUCAUAUUGAAAGAUAUUUUAAAACUAUCAUUGUUGAAGCCAUGAAUAAAAACAUUACAGAUGUGA